GACAAUCCGUGACGGACGGAGCUCCGGACCACCGACACAGACCGGUGUUUGAUCCGUGUGCGUGUUCACGCACGAUGCGCGUGUGGUGCCACGUUCAGCUGUUCCUCUUAAAGAAGAAACUUUUUGACAUCAAGGUUGUGAAGAGGAUCUGUGGAGGAGGCGUUUUUUAUGGCACCAGACAGCCGCUCACAGACGCACUCAGAGCGCAAGAAUGAAAGUGAGAUGUUUCCACGGUGCACAGAGGUUGAGAUCCAGAUGCUUCCUGUUUCCUUUGUUCCUGCUGCUGCUGUGUUUGCUCAAACUGGUCUACGUUAAAGUCACAGUCAGGGACAGCGUCUACAUUGAGCCCUACGGAAUGCCUGCCAGCUCAUCCGGAAACCAUAAACACAGAUACCAGGUCAGCUGCACGGCCAUCUACGACCUCGACCCGGUGGAGAUAGGCAAAGCUCUCGAGAUAAAACGCAAAGUUAUUAUUGACGCGGAUGACGACAGCACCGUGAGUUUGACCUCCAACUGUCAGGCGUUCAUCCAAAGCAGAGGUUAUAAGGAGUUCAGUGUGUCGGAGAAGGAGAGGAGUUUCCCGCUGGCGUAUUCCUUGGUGGUGCAUAAGAAUGCACCCAUGGUGGAGCGCAUUCUUCACGCCACGUAUGCACCUCAAAACAUCUACUGCAUUCACUACGACCAGAAGUCCUCUCCGACUUUUUUAAAGGCCAUGAAGAACCUGGCUCGCUGCAUUCCAAACGUCUUCAUCGCUUCAAAACUGGAAUCUGUGGAAUACGCCCACAUCACCAGGCUUAAGGCUGACCUCAACUGCAUGGCUGACCUCUUGAAGUCACAGGUCAAGUGGAAGUACAUCAUCAACCUGUGUGGCCAGGAUUUUCCUCUGAAGUCAAACUAUGAGCUGGUGACGGAGCUGAAGCAGCUAAACGGCAGCAACAUGCUGGAGACGAGUCGACCCACUGAGCUGAAGAAGCAACGCUUCAGUUUCCAGCAUCAGCUGAAAAACGUGCCUUAUGAGUAUCGCCACAUUCCUGUCAAAACCGCAGUGCCAAAAGCCCCGCCUCCUCACGGGAUUGAAAUGUUCAUUGGAAGUGCAUAUUUUGUCCUGUCACGGGAAUUUGUGAAUUACAUAAGCAACAGUCAGAUUGCUUUGGACUUCCUGGUAUGGUCUGCUGACACAUACUCACCAGAUGAACAUUUCUGGGCCUCUCUGGUCCGGGUCCCCGGGGUGCCGGGCCACAUUCCCAGAUCGGACCCAGAUGUGACGGAUCUGAAGAGUAAAACGCGACUGGUGAAGUGGAAUUAUUUAGAAGGCUCUCUUUAUCCACCCUGCACUGGCACACAUAGGCGUAGUGUUUGUAUCUAUGGCGCCGCUGAGCUUCGCUGGCUCCUGAACUAUGGACACUGGUUUGCUAACAAAUUUGACUCCAAAGUGGAUCCGAUCCUGAUUAAGUGUUUAGAGGAAAAGCUGAUGGAGAAACGUCGCACGUAGAAUCAUGAAGGGUGCAAUGGGCGGGGGGUGACAGGCUGGUUUUGGGUACAGCUAGCCCAAAAAGUUAGCUUCAAGAACUGCUAAUCCACUAUGAAAAGUUAACAGUGAUCAUGCUAAUUGCUAAAACAUUUUAGCUGAAGCUCAAGCUAAAUGCUAACUUUUAUGACAUGACUUUAGGUUUGUUUCUUUUUUUUGUUUGUUUGUUUUGCUCUAAAACCCUGGAAUUGUUCACUCAUCCAAAAGUUCAGUAGUCUGUGUGUGUAUUUACUCCAAAUUAAGCCAAACAUCACAAUUCACAGAGUCACCCGUGAAGGUUGGAUAAUUGCCAUUUGAAUUAAAUGCCAAAGUCUUAAUGAUGGAAUAUUGUGUUUGACAUUUAAGUUGUACGGUGCAUCUUUAUAACCAGCAAAGUUAAAAACAAAGUGACAUGUCAUUCACUCUCGUAUCACAGAUGAAAGAAAUGUCUUUUUAAUUGAAAUGAAAAUCACAUGUAAGUAUACAGCUAGCAGUGCAGCCUACUGAAACUUGGCAUCAAAAUAUAUUCAUUUAUUGACCAGAACCUUUGGACGAGCAAACCUUAGGACUCGUGGGAUGUUCCAGAAAAGCAGAUUAAAAGAGCUGAAACUUUAAUAUGCUGAAGCAUAAACGUAGAGGUUCCC